AUGGGAAGGUGUAUCCGUGUUGUGACCGUCUCUGCUUUGACAUGUCUAUCUCAGAUUCCGCAGGUAAAACUGCAGGAGAGUUGUACAAACACAGCCCACUGCUCAAACACAAACUGGGUCCAUCUCUGGUACAUCUGGCUCGUGGUUGCGAUUGGCGGGCUCCUCCUCCUCUGUGGUCUUGUCUCUGUUUGCGUGAGGUGCUGUUGCCUUAACUGCCAUCCAGCAGGGGAUGACAUGAGCCCCCAGCCAUAUGAGGUCACAGUCAUCGCAUUUGAUCAUGACAGCACCCUUCAAAGCACCAUUACUUCCCUCCAUUCCGUGUUUGGCCCAGCUGCCAGGAGAAUACUAGCCGUAGCUCACUCCCACAGUGCUGUGCCAGCAAUGCAUCACCCUGCCGGAAUGGAGACACCCCCCAUUUAUGAGGAGGCUGUACACAUGAGUAGAUUCACAGUGGCUCGAAGUGGGGAAAGAGGCCCAGAUUUGGAGCCGGUGCCAGAGGAGAAACAGAAAAUGGAUGCGGGAAAAGAUUCACAAGCAAAUUGCCCAUGA